ACUUUCCAAAUUUCACUUCCUCCAACUCAAAGAAAGAGAUCAGAAGCUAUAGCUAUACAACAAAACUAGAUCAUGGAUCCAGUGCAAUCUCAUGGAUCACAAAGCUCUCUACCUCCUCCUUUCCACGCAAGAGACUUUCAAUUACAUCUCCAACAACAACAACAAGAGUUCUUCCUCCACCAUCACCAACAACAAAGAAACCAAACCGAUGAUGAUCAACAAGGAGGAUCAGGAGGAAACCGACAAAUCAAGAUGGAUCGUGAAGAGACAAGCGACAACAUAGAAAACAUAGCUAACAACAGCGGUAGUGAAGGUAAGGACAUAGAUUUACACGGAGGUUCGGGAGAAGGAGGCGGCGGCUCUGGAGGAGAUCAUCAGAUGACAAGAAGACCAAGAGGAAGACCAGCUGGAUCCAAGAACAAACCAAAACCACCAAUUAUCAUCACGCGGGACAGCGCAAACGCGCUUAGAACCCACGUGAUGGAGAUCGGAGACGGAUGUGAUCUAGUCGAGAGCGUGGCCACUUUCGCAAGAAGACGCCAACGCGGCGUUUGCGUUAUGAGCGGUACCGGAAACGUUACUAACGUCACCAUACGUCAGCCUGGAUCUCAUCCUUCUCCUGGCUCGGUCGUUAGUCUUCACGGAAGGUUUGAGAUUCUUUCUCUCUCCGGCUCUUUUCUCCCACCUCCGGCUCCUCCUACAGCCACCGGGUUGAGUGUUUACCUCGCGGGAGGACAAGGACAAGUAGUCGGUGGAAGCGUGGUUGGUCCAUUGUUGUGUGCUGGUCCUGUUGUUGUCAUGGCAGCGUCUUUUAGCAAUGCGGCGUACGAGAGGUUGCCGUUAGAGGAAGAUGAGAUGCAGACGCCGGUUCACGGCGGCGGAGGAGGAGGAGGGUCAUUGGAGUCGCCGCCGAUGAUGGGACAACAACUGCAACAUCAGCAACAAGCUAUGUCGGGUCAUCAAGGGUUACCACCUAAUCUUCUUGGUUCGGUUCAGUUGCAGCAGCAGCAUGAUCAGUCUUAUUGGUCAACGGGACGACCACCGUAUUGAUCAAAUAUAUUCAUAUAUACACACUCGUAAUCGUAGCUAGCUAGCUAACGAAGAUUCAUGAGUUUAGUGGAUAUAUCUAUGAUUAAAAGAGGUUAGCAUAUGAACAUUAAUAAGAGUUUGGAUUUAGACGACGAUGAUCAAGAAUCAAGAUUCUAUCGAGCUUCAUUAUGUUUGGGUCAACGUUCAUAAAAUGAAUCAGGUUCU